AUGGCGUGGCGCACAUGCACAUGGGGGACGAGCGAUGCGCUGGCUCGCGUCGGCGACAGUCUGACGCCUGCGGCCCGCGCUGAGCUGUGGGCAAAAGGACCAGGGCAGCGCCCAGAAGGGCAGCGUGCCGUGGUGAUCAUGGCCCCGUACAGCGGCACACUAUUGGACACGACCAGCCCGUCCACGCCCUCAUUUGCUGCCUCGCGCUGGCGAGCCUGUCAAGGCCCUGCAACUCCCCAGCAGGCCCUUCCCCAGCGAGCAUCCAGCGUGCAUUCAGCCUACAGCCCGCCGGCGCCCUAUCGUGUAUCCGCACUGGGCAAAGAGCAGGGCACAUGUCCUGCAUGA